CACUUGGGACAACUGUUGCACAGACUUGUCAUUCAGCUCACCGGGCAACCUGACCUGCACCUUAUUCAACAUGAUUCCAUCUGAUCCACAUGUCUCCCACACCGCAGCGACUUCAGGUACUUCCUCUGGACUGGACCGUUGUUCACACAAGUGAGGUAGUUGUUGGGAAGUAAUGGAAUUCAUCUCUCUCGGGACUCGCACCUUCAGGAGAGGCUGAACAAGUGGAUGAAAUAGCGGGACUCCUCCAAACACCGCAGCUCCCCCAGAAUGGAGGAAACAUUGCCCACAACAGGGAAUACAAAUAAGUGGAAGUCUGUUUGAGAAGGCAACUGGAGAUUUGCAAGAUUGGCAGGACUUGUCAAGAAGGAGUCUGUAAAAACGCAUCCAGACACAACCGCUUCCAAGAAUGAGGAUCAAAUACACAAUAUGCAUCGUCUUCUUUGUGGCACUUGUUAUCAUUGAGAAAGAAAACCGGAUUAUCUCAAGGGUUUCAGAUAAACUCACGCUGAAGCAGACCUCCCAGACCCCUCUAAGGCCUGGUGGUUUCUCCCGCAUACUGCUGAAGCACAAUGCGUCCUUCCCUUCACUCAGCAAAGAUUUCAUGCUGAUGAAGCGGCGCCUGGAGAACUACAGCAAACACCAGGAGGUGAUGAAAAGUGGCAAGAAACACAUUCUUCUGUUAGCCACCACCAGGACAGGCUCCUCUUUUGUCGGCGAGUUUUUCAACCAGCAGGCCGACAACAUGUUCUACCUAUUUGAGCCUCUGUGGCACGUGGAAAAGAUGUUGACUCUGGACACCGGAGGAACCAACGCUACAGCGGCGGCCGCGGCGUACCGCAACGUGCUGCAGCAUCUCCUCCUGUGUGACUUCACGCUGCUGGAAAAAUUCAUAGACCCCCUGCCUGUGGAUCACAUCACCCCAGCCCUUUUCCGCCGCGAGUCCAGCACCUCUCUGUGUGGGGAAUCUGUCUGCAGCCCUGUCGUCAAAGGGGUCUUUGAGCGCUAUCAUUGCAAGACCAGACGCUGUGGGCCCCUGAACCUGACCAUGGCGUCAAAGUCUUGCCUCCAGAAGGAUCACAGGGUCAUCAAGUCCGUGAGAGUCCGCCAGCUGGAGAAUCUCCGUCCUUUAGCUGAAGACCCACGCCUGGACGUCAAAUUCAUACAGCUGGUUCGGGAUCCUCGUGCAGUGUUGGCCUCGCGCAUGGUGGCCUUUGCUGCCAAAUACAAGAACUGGAAGGAGUGGGCUAUGGGUGGGGAUGUGCCCCUUGAUGAUGACGAAGUCAGGAAGCUGAAAGGUAACUGCGACAACAUCAGACUGUCUGCCAAGGUCGGCCUGCGGCAGCCGCCGUGGCUGCGUGGGCGCUACAUGCUGGUGCGCUACGAGGACAUCGCUCGGUUCCCCAUGAAGAAAGCAGCAGAGAUGUACAAGUUUUCAGGAAUCCCCUUCACCUCACAGGUGAAGUCCUGGAUUCUGAAGAACACCCACGCUUCUAAGGAGACCAGUGGUGUUUAUUCUACGCAGAAAAACUCCUCUGAACAAGUAGAAAAAUGGAGGUUCAGUCUACCGUUCAAGAUCGCUCAGGUUGUACAGAGAGUCUGUGGACCAACACUCAAGCUCUUUGGGUACAAAUUCGUGAGCAGUGAAAAGGUGCUAACAGACAAGUCCAUUAGUCUGAUCGAGGAUAAAGUUUUCAAUGCUUUAUAGAAUUCAACAAAGAUUAACAACAAACAACGGAAAUGCAGGAAAAGUCAAUCUUUUUUAAACUUUCCUCUGCAGUGAGUUAUAUUUAUUGGAUUAGUUUAUCAGCAGACAGAUUUAUACAUUUUCAAACAAUAUGCUAUUUAAAGGUUUUACUAUUUAAGAGUUUUUGAUGAGGAAAAUUGACUUUUUUCUGAUUAAAAAAUAUAUUAAAGCUACUGAAGCAAGAGCAUGGGGUUAUAAUGUUGCUUUAAAUGUAGAAAAAGAGAGAACGGGAACGUAUCUUUACCUUUGCACUCUGCACUAUUUUGUCAAUGAAAUGCAUUCAAUGCUGUUGGCUUGCCUGCAAAUCUGUCCCACUUUUCAUAUCUGAGAUCCCUAAGGGCUAUAGCUGUGGGUUGGUGAGCAGUAAUGAGCUGUUUAAAACACUCCCAGAAUCUUCCAUUAGAUCUUUUUUCAUUUUCAUUUUCUUCUUGUCUAAUAGCUCAUGCAUUCUGAACAUAAGAUGCUUUGUUCCAAAGAAACUAAAAAAUGAACUUCUUUGUAUAACACCACAUGUGGCCACAUGAGGAAAUACCAGUUUCUUGCCAAGCAAUUUCUUUUUCAUUGAAAUUCAGAAGUAACGUCCCAUAUAAAUAUAUUUAUUUACUAAAAAGUCUGACUUUGCUAUGAAGGUUCAACUCUUUUUACUUCCGCAGGGAAAGCUUUUUUUUAAUAUACUUUUUGAAUGUCUCCUCUGUUGUUGAGGAUUGUAAGUCAGAAUUUGCUUGAUAUUGCCUUGAAGACUGUAUGGAUCAGUCACGUAAAACAGGUGCUUGUACUGCUACUGUAAGCUCACAUUUUAACUGCAGCUGGUUUGCAGGAUUAUGCAGGAGGUUUGUCAGUGGAUCUAUUCAUGUUGACACCAUUCUCUUGGCUGGAUAUGAUAAGAUAUUUUUGACAAGCCAGACUGUUUGCUGAUGUUGAGUUUUUUUUUCUUUUUUCAUUUUGUUCAUUGCAAUAAAUCAGCUUUUACAUUA